AUGCAGCAAUAUCGUCAUGGAAAUUAUUUUGGAUGGGACGAUAUUGGUUAUCAUUUUGUAAUUGGUGAAAAUGGUAAAGUUUAUGAAGGUCGAGGACGGAACAAUGAUACGCACGGCAAGAAAACAAUUUUAUCUAUCAUUUACACUGGCAAUGUUUUUCAUCUUUCAGGUGUUUGUAUGAUUGGUGACUUCAGAGAGGCAUCUCCAAAUGAAAAAGCCUUAAAUGCACUACGUUCAUUGGUUGACUGCGGUGUUAAACAAGGUUAG